UUCCAGCUUUCCUAGGUUCUUACAAUAUUAUCCCCUGUGCCGGAAUCUAACCAUCCGCGAACAUGGUGAACCCAAUGACCACCGUCAAGAUGGUCGCGUCGUAAGUCCCCAUGUGCAAUUCCAUUCAGUCGUCAUAGUGCUCUGCGAUCUUCUCUAUAGCCUUCCUCACUGACGUAUCCGAGUGGCGUGAUCAUGUGUAUUGGCGGUCCAGCAUUGGUGAUGUGGGUAACGCCGACAGAAGAAGAGCUAUUCCUGAGAUAUAACCCAGAGCUCCAGAAACGCUCGUUGGAGAACCGCCGGGAGAAGCAGGAAGAUUUUGACCAGUUCGUCACCAAUCUGAAAGAAUACUCCAAGUCAGACAAGCCUAUCUGGACAGUGCAAAAAGAGGCAGAUGAGCAAAACCGCCGGAAUGCCGCUGCGAAGUUGAGGACCGACCAGAGCGAACUCGCUGCUGAAGUGGAGAGAAGGCGCCAGGAGAUUAGAUCCAGCACUUCAUGAUUCAUGCUGAAAUGAUUGCUUGUGUAUCAUAGUUUGUAUCAUAAACUUCGUCUUUUCCAUUAUGAGGUACAGUGCCUCGCCAUAAGUCGGGGCACACUCGCUCGCCACUGUUUGAGGUGCUUCAGCACAUUCUAAAACUUCCGAUGAUGAUUAAAGGGUUUGAGAACUUGAAUCAGAGAGGUUUUCACGCUUACAGUCGGCCUACUUGGCCGCUGUUUGUGGUGCUUCAGUACAUCAUACUUCUGUAACAGGUCAAAAGACAACGUGCCCAAACUUGGGUCC